AUGGCAUCAAUGGAUGCUCUAGGGGCCUUCACCCACAUGAAAGACAAUAUUCCCAGAUGGAUCACUCGUGUUUCAGAGCUUGCUACGCACACUCAUCAGAAGCACAAUGAAUACUCGGAAGCUUACAGACGACACGCCAAUUUCAAGCCCCGCCGACAGAAAAAUAGUUCCGUUUGCUCCAUUCAUAUCGAUGAUCUCGUUCCGAUCGCACAAAGAAAGGGCCCCAGCCCAGAACCUGCAGUAGUGGAAACACCACUGGAUGCGCCCGGGCAAGGUCAGCGUUCAGAUCGCAAGCGCACUACAGAUGAAGCCCCAUCAGUCAAGUCCAAUGAAGAAUACGCGUGGGUAAGCACACGGCACAAGGUCAUCAUCGAGUAUGAUGGCCAUACACAGCAGACCCUCGAGGCAAUUGUGCGGGAUAUCGGGAUGGCUAGGAACAACAUCCGACGAGGACAGAUGGCAUUGAUGCCGCGUACAGGGUUGCGCGCAGGCUUGUUGAGCAAAGGCAUGAACUUGAACUUGAAUAUGAAUAUGUCCAGUGGACUAGGACAGACAGGACCACUCUCUUGUGUUCGCAGCACCCGGACCACAGCUGGACUUGUCGGUGUCUCUGGAACUAGCACACUUCGGAAAGACUCCCCUUUCGACUUUGCAGACAAGCAACUGGAACUUGCCCAUUCGCUUUGCGAGACUGCAGCUUACCAAGUCCUUCGAUCUGGCGACUGUGGAACAGAACUGGAUGGCGUAGAAGAGAAGUUCAAGAUGCUACUUGAGGCGGCUAUCAACGAGGUUGACCGUCUUGUGGCAGAAAAGAAAAUGCAAGAAGAGCACAAGCAAAAACAGCAAGAUGGGACCGCGGAAGAAGGACCUCCCAAACCGCCACCUACCCCUUCCGCGGCGCGACUCGCAAGGGUUGCUGCCAUUGCGGCCAACAAGCCCUCAAUGACCACCUCAGGCGCCAUUGAAGUUGAUGAUAACUCGUCUCUCUCGGCUGAGUCGAUUGACCUAUCUGCAUUCCGAGCCUCCCGGAUCCGAGUGUAA